AUGAGAGCAACUACUUUACGAACAAUACCAUUGACACAAGAUUCGCUUGCAAUGUACUGGCCACGACCAUUCCAUCUGGUUUUUGUUGAGCUCCAUAAUAGUGUUUACUAUUUAGCUGUUACUAAAAAAGCUUAUAAAGCAUCAACAAUCAUUGUUAAACUGAUAAAUCCAAUCGAUCGUUGUCAACACAUCAACGAAUUAUUUAAUCAAACUUUUCUACAAUUGCAUUUACUUCGCCGUAUUAAAUAUUAUCAUUUACCAUGCCGAACAUAUUCUUCAGAGUUGUUAUGA